GAUUGUCUGCUGCCAAACUCUUGACUGAACAUGGUAUUAAAGUUUUGGUCUUAGAAGCCCGAGACAGAGUAGGAGGAAGAACAUACACUGUGAGGAAUGAACAUGUUAAUUAUGUAGAUGUUGGAGGAGCUUACAUAGGACCAACCCAAAACAGGAUUUUAAGACUAUCAAAGGAGUUGGGUUUGGAGACAUACAAGGUGAACAUCAGUGAGCGCCUGGUUCAGUAUGUCAAGGGGAAAACGUAUCCAUUUCGGGGUGCCUUUCCACCAGUUUGGAACCCCAUUGCAUAUCUGGAUUACAACAAUCUAUGGCGGACAAUGGAUGACAUGGGGAAGGAGAUUCACGUUGAUGCUCCAUGGGAUGCCCCGCACGCUGCUGAGUGGGACAAGAUGACAAUGAAAGAUCUUAUCGAUAAAAUCUGCUGGACAAAGACUGCUCGGAAAUUUGCUUAUCUCUUUGUGAAUAUUAAUGUGACUUCUGAGCCACAUGAAGUUUCAGCACUUUGGUUUUUGUGGUAUGUAAAGCAGUGCGGGGGUACCACUCGAAUCUUCUCAGUUACCAACGGGGGCCAGGAGCGCAAGUUUGUCGGUGGAUCUGGUCAAGUGAGCGAACGCAUAAUGGACCUUCUUGGGGACCGAGUAAAAUUGAGGCGUCCUGUCACCUGCAUUGACCAGACAGGGGAUAACAUCAUCAUCGAGACAUUAAAUAAUGAAAUCUAUGAGUGCAAGUACGUGAUUAGUGCCAUUCCACCAGCUCUGACUACUAAGAUCCACUUCAGACCAGAACUACCACCAGAGCGAAAUCAAUUGAUUCAGCGUCUUCCAAUGGGAUCUGUCAUUAAGUGCAUGAUGUAUUACAGGGAGCCAUUCUGGAAGAAGAAAGACUACUGUGGCUGCAUGAUCAUUGAAGAUGAAGAUGCUCCAAUUUCAAUAACGCUGGAUGACACCAAGCCAGAUGGAUCACUGCCAGCCAUUAUGGGGUUUAUUCUUGCGAGAAAAGCCCAUCGGUUUGCCAAAUACUCGAAGGAAAUAAGAAAGAGGAAGAUCUGUGAACUGUAUGCCAAAGUUCUAGGAUCUCAGGAAGCCCUGCAUCCUGUACACUAUGAAGAGAAGAAUUGGUGUGAGGAACAAUAUUCCGGGGGUUGCUACACGGCUUAUUUUCCCCCUGGGAUAAUGACACAAUAUGGAAGGAUAAUUCGCCAGCCUGUGGGAAAGAUUUACUUCGCUGGUACCGAGACAGCCACACAAUGGAGUGGAUAUAUGGAAGGAGCAGUAGAGGCCGGGGAAAGGGCAGCUAGAGAGGUCUUGAAUUCUUUGGGGAAGGUGGCAAAGAAAGACAUCUGGAUCCAUGAACCUGACUCAGUGGAUGUACCAUCUGUGGAAAUCACUCAUUCCUUCUGGGAAAGGAACCUACCAUCUGUGAGUGGCUUACUGAAGUUCAUUGGGUUUUCAGCAUCAGUAACUGCCAUGUGGAUUGUGAUAAACAAGUGCAAGAUGCUACACAGACCCUAAAGAAUUAACUUCAUGCUUUCUGCUGCUUUUUCACUGGCAUAAUCAAAUGGAAAAUCAAGAGCUGCUCAUUGGUCCAUCUUUAAAUGCCCUAGAUUUAAUCCAUCCGUUUAGUUUCCAUCCAUGUUAAAGUAAAAUCAGCCCAAAGAAUCACCUAACUCUUUUCAGUAAGACCAAGUUACAUCUUGCAUGCCUGUGUGGAAUAACCUGUGUUGAUUGAUCGAAUAAAACCUUUCAGCAUCGCUCCAA